UCUAGACGCGCGUUAAAAAAUGUACACACAAGUUUAUUAAAAAAUAAUUGAAAUUGUGGAAGAAAAUUGAUUCGAUUUGUUUUUGACGGUUUGCUUGUGAUUUGUGAAGUCGUAUUCUCCUUCCAAAUUCUUACGAUCUCAUUUUUGCGACAGAGUCUUUUUUAUAACCAAGUUCCCAAGUUUUAUUAUAAUCGCUGCUCUGAGUCUGAAGCAUGGUUCAUUUCCUAAGAAUAGCUGAGUCGCUUUCAUUACAUAGAGUAUCCAACCAAUAUUUUCGUGAUUUAGUGACCGAAGGAAUCCAAUGUGGAAAUCUGAAAUUCACUCAGGCUGCUGAAACUUAUGAUAAACAAGUGUUAGGAAAACGUCAACAACGUUUGAAUAUAUAUAGUUGAAAAUAAACUGUUAUAAUGUCAAACGGACGAGAGAUGACAUUUCCAUCACCGGUUCGUUCGCGACCGAUGAAACGCCAACAUCCCACCGUGCUUAACGGAAUUAGUGGCACAUUUGAAGACAAAACAAACGAUUUCUUGUGCCCGAUAUGUUUCGAUGUUAUGGAAGAAGCUCAUAUUACUCGGUGUGGUCAUACAUUUUGUUUUCGGUGCAUAUCGAAAGCUCUUGAAGUAAAUCAUCGUUGCCCGAAAUGCAGCUUCACGCUAGCAGGAAUCGAACACACGUUUCCGAAUUUUUUACUAAACGAGUUGAUCGCCAAACACAAAUCUCGUUUGAAAGCGGCAGAAGAAUUAGGGUUAACACUGGAGUUUCCCUUUGAUCGAGGAUGUUCUUCACAAAGUAAUUCUGACGGAUUGAAAGAUUUUGUUGCUUCUGAAUCGCAAAAUUUAUCGUUACCGGAUGUAAAUGUUAUGCUGGAGGUUUUGCAACAGCGUAAACAGCGCUUGGAAGCGGAAUCGUGCGCUACUCAAAAUAAGUUACUGCACGAAUUUCUCAAGAACUUAUUACGUUUAAAAGAGAGGCAGCUAUGUGAUAUAACCAAGGAAGUGAGCACAAUUAAGAAAGAUAUCGAAGAAGUCGAGGAAAUUCUUCGAAAUUCCGAUUCCAACAGCAGUAACAGCUCUUUCGAGAAAACUUCCGAAGACCCAGUGUCGAAAAAAGAAGCCGUAGUUCCUGAUAGGAAAGAUGCCAAUCGAACGGAAAGUUUCAAUAGCAUUCACAAAAGUGUAGAAAUUACCCAGUCUUCCUUUUCGUUACGUAAUCAAAUAAUACAAGCGCAUUUCGAUGAUUUCGUCAAGUGCUAUUUCGCUUGCAGAGCUAAAGAAAUCACUUUUGGUAAAAGUACCGAUAAAUGUUCGUCUUCGAGCGAUACCAGUGUCAGCAUCGUAACGGGCUUAGACACGUUUAGAGAUAAUCUGAUUAAAUUUUCUAGAUAUAGUAAACUGAGACCACUCGCAACGUUAAGCUAUUCUAAUGAUAUAUUCAACAACUCGACAAUCGUUUCCAGCAUAGAAUUCGAUAAAGAUAACGAAUUUUUCGCUAUUGCUGGCGUUACAAAACGUAUCAAAGUUUACGAAUAUGCUCAAGUUAUUCAAGAUACGGUCGAUGUCCAUUAUCCUUGCACCGAAAUGGUAUCGUCUUCGAAAAUCUCUUGUAUUAGUUGGAACUCUUACCAUAAAGGAAUUCUGGCCAGCAGCGAUUACGAAGGUACAGUUACCAUAUGGGACGUGAGUACCAGUCAGAGAACGAAAACAUUUCAAGAACAUGAAAAACGAUGUUGGAGCGUUGAUUUCAAUAACGUAGAUACACGUUUAAUUGCUUCCGGCUCAGACGACGCUCGCGUCAAACUUUGGUCACUAAAUGAAGAACACUCGAUAGCUUCGUUGGAAGCGAAAGCGAACGUAUGCUGCGUAAAAUUUAAUCCUAAAAGUUCGUGUCAUCUUGCUUUCGGUUCAGCCGAUCACUGCGUUCAUUAUUACGAUUUAAGAAACAUGAAACACGCGCUAGCUGUGUUCAAAGGUCAUCGAAAAGCGGUAUCCUAUGUUAAAUUUCUGAAUAAAGAAGAUAUUGUUUCAGCAUCGACGGAUAGCCAAUUAAAAUUAUGGAAUAUUAAUGCUUCUCAUUGUUUGCGUUCUUACGUGGGGCAUAUUAAUGAAAAAAAUUUCGUAGGACUUGCCACAGACGGUGACUACAUUGCUUGUGGCUCCGAAAAUAACUCCCUGUAUAUUUAUUAUAAAGGCUUGUGUAAGAAAUUGCUUCACUAUAAAUUCGAUGGGUUAUGUAGUGUCUUGGAAAAAGAAGAGAAAGAUGAUGAUGUUAAUGAAUUUGUCUCUGCGGUUUGUUGGAAACAGUUAUCCAAUGUUGUUAUCGCUGCCAAUAGCCAAGGAACGAUCAAAAUCCUCGAGUUGAUAUGAUCCUUCAUUAUCUGAAUUUUGUUGUAUUUUUUUCUUCGUUCUCGUUGAUGAAUCUUACCUCGUAGAUGUUAUUUGUUCGUUUGUUCUUUCGACUGUUCGUUCGUUUUUCCUCUCAAAUUUCGUUUUAGUGAAAUAUUUUGUAUCUAUAUUUUUUUGUUCAAGUACAUACUUGCUGCGUAAAUGAUUCUGUUUAAUUUGAGGUACCUACAGAUAUUUAUGAAAUUUUUUUAUGGCUGUUAUAUUGUUUUAGAAGUAAAUGUGUCGUAUUGUCGCAAAUUAUGGGUAUUUUAUUCGUGUUACCUAACAAGUUGUAUUAUUUUUUCAUUUUUUUUUUUUUUGUAUUUAUUCGGAUAUUAGCAAUAAUUACUUACGAAUCGAAUGUAAUGUAUCUCGUGGUUUAAAAAAUUACCUUAUUUCUAUUUAAAUUAUUCAUCACUGUCGAUGGUAUUUCAUUCUGAGUUCAUCUCGAUACUGUUUUGCUCCUCUAGGAAUUUUCUUUUAGCUGCUAAUUGUAAAGAUUAUCAAAAUAAAGUAAUUUUUCGUUUCAUUUUA